AUGGCAAUCAGGGCCAAUCUUCGUGCUGCUUUAAGUCGUCUUAAGCAUCGUCUCGUUCACUUGAACCUAUUCGAUACUGGUAGUCAAGAUGAAACGAUUAUACGAAAUGAACUUCGAUCAACUCGUGUUUACUUAUUUCUUUUCAUUAUAUCAAUUACGAUCCUUACUCUUACCUACAGUAUUAUAUCUUAUACAACAACAAUUGUUGUUCCAUCUCCCUCGUUAGUAGAAUAUUCUAAUCUAAUAGAAAAACCAACAUUGCAAUGUUUUUGUUCAAAUACGACAGUAAAAUAUGAAAAGUUCGCUCAUAUUAAACCUCAUUAUCACGAAUUGUGUGAAAGUGAAUUUGUGUCUGAUGACUGGAUCAAACAUUUAUAUUUUCUAUACGAACAAAGCUGGAAUAAAUCAGUUAGAUCUGAUUUUCGUCGGACAAGUGUAUUUCAAUUUCAAACACUUCGUUCACUCUGUCAAUUAGCAAAAGACACAAUCAAUCAUAGUCUUCAGUCUUUCGAUUAUACAGAUUUCGUUGGAUCUGAACUGGUUCCACAAAAUGUAUUUGAAGUUCAGAUUAAUUCCUGUAUUCGCGAUUUCAUUGAGAAAAUACCACAGACAUUUCUGCAAACUUUACAAUUUAUACAGGACACAACAGCACAGAGUUUGUUUAUGACUGGCGCCUCAAUCACCAGUGUUCAGCCUGACACUCAACAGGUAGAUGGGUCCCAUUCCGGUAUUUAUCCGUAUCCUGGCAUCAACUACACAUUUACAGACGGCUCGAGCUGCGUCUGUUCCAGUUCAACUGCUACGAAUUGCAUGGGCAUGACAAUAUUUGAGAAUACGACUGUUUCUGGUUUUCAAACAGGCUGUUACAUGUUAAGUGCAUUGAUGAACUCGACUCUUGAAGCAUUCUAUAAUCAAACAUUGAUCGACAAGCUGGCUAAUGCAUCGAAAACUUUCCGUAAACUGGAUUCAUCAAAUCCAAACGAGAAAAUUGACGUAUUACUUAGUAAAAUGUUCGUCGAAAUUUGGUGUAAUACAACAUCGUUUGAAAACUAUUUUCAAAAUUGUGCACCCGAUUCAUGUUCUUAUACAGUAACGCAAGGUUAUAGUUUUUGGGAUAUUUUGAUCAUAUUAUUCAGUUUGUUUGGUGCAUUAAUAUCAGUAUUAACAUUCUUAUCACCCAUUCUCGUUUUGCAUGUGUGGCCAUUUAUUGCCAAGUUUAUUUUCCGACGACGAGUACCUGUUGCAGUUGAAACUCGACCUGUAUCGUCGAUAUGUACAAAAAUAAGAAGAUUAUUUCAAUUCAUCAAAAAAACACUUAUAAAUCUGAAUUUGUUCGCAAGUGUUCCACCUUCACAAGAUGAAACUAUUCUUCGGCGACAACGUUAUCAAACUCGAUUGUAUAUAAUCAUAUCAUUGGCAACUUUAAUCAUUCUCAUAUUUUCUAUAUCCAUGAAUUCUCAUCGAGUAAAUGUGACUAUUGAAAAUCCAUCAUUAACCACUUUUGAUAAACUUGAUAAGCAAUUUUCGUCGACACUCAACUGUCCAUGCAAUCAAACAAUAUUAGAAUAUCAUCAAUUUAUUUUAGAUCUCAAACCUCAACAUCAUGAAAUCUGUGCGUCUGACUUCAUUUCUCGUCGUUGGAUUGAUCUGCAGCUGAUUACAUCUUCAUAUAAACUAUUUUAUACCAAUGAUAUUCAUUAUCAAUCUGCAAUCCAUUUUCAACUUUUAUCGACACUUUGUCGUGUUGCUCAACAAACAGUUGAUGAUCAUCUUCAAUCGUUCUAUCAAACAAAGUUUAUUACCAAUCAAGUUCUUAGAAAUUCAUCGUUCCAAACACAAAUUGAUUCAAUUAUCGAGCAGUUCAAAAGAAUAUUAGCAGAAUCAUAUAACCGUACCAUUCAAGUAAUAACAGCAAAUUCCGAAAUCAAUCAAUUCGUUGUUCCACUCAAUUCUCUUUUUAAAGACUCAGGUUCAGGUGUCUCAUUAGAACCUGCGACAAAUGUUCUCCGGUAUAAAGUUGAGAAUGGAUCAUCGGUUAUUUACCAUACAUGUGUAUGGUUGCUUUCGAAUGAAUGUGUCCUGGAAACGAUUAUACGCAAUAACGAUUUCACUGAAAUUAUUCCAGGGAUGAUUCAAACUGUAUUUCCUCUUCAAUCUGUUCUACUAUCAACAUUAGAAUGUUUCUAUAAUGAGACAUGUCUCUCGAAAAUUACCAAUUUAAUUGAUUCGAAAGCACUAUCAACAAAAUUUUCAACACUUCGUUUAUCAUUGUUAUCCGACAAUGAAAGUCAGUAUGAUAAAAUCGAGAUAUUAGUAAAUAAACUUUUUAUUCAAUCAUGGCCUACUAAUCAAAGUUCAUAUGAAUCUUACUUUAAUCAGUGUCAUCCGUUAACUUGUCAAUAUAGUUAUGAAAGUCGAUUUAGUCUUGUCUACGCUAUCACGACCCUAGCUGGACUUUCCGCAGGUCUAAAAUUUUAUGCCGUAAUGAAUUAUAUAAAAAAGACGAUGACUGAAUUCAAUCUGUUCCACGCGAUUCCACCAUCACAAGAUCCAAAGAUUCUUCGUCGAAAUCGUCGUUUAACACGAAUCUAUCUGGUUCUACUGAUUAUGUUCUUUUAUAUUCUCGCUGUUUAUACCGUGUUAGCACAAGAAACCGUUCUUGUUAUUGACAAAAAUCCAUCUGUGUCUAAAUAUUCAGAAUUAUCUAAUCAAUAUCAUCGGACACUGAAAUGUCCCUGCAGUCAUAUUGCAGUGAAAUAUGAUCAAUUCAUUACUCUGGAUCCUCAAUAUCAUCCGAUUUGUUCAAGCGCUUUAAUUGCAUACGAGAAAUAUAAUAUUACUUGGCCAAAAAACAGUGAUCCUGGGCGAGGUUUCCUCGAUGAUGUUGCACUUGAUUUUGGCGAGAAUGAUUUUCGACUUUGGAUCGCAGAACAACUGAUGACCGUGUCACGGAUGUGUAUACUAUCUCGAAACAUCUUAAAUGCAUCACUGUCUUCGUGGCUACAGGGAAAUCUUAUUACAGGAAAUGUGAUUUCAUCAACUGAAUUUCGUAGUCAAACAAAAGCAUUAAUUAGUGCAUUCAAAAGAACAACAGUGAAUGAAUUCAAGCAAACAUUUGACUUAAUUCAAGUAACAAACUAUGCAAAUCAAUUAGCAACAGCACAAUCAUCCAAUUGGCAGUUCAUUAAGCAAAAAUUUAAUCAAUUCUCUCCAUCAAGUGCCUUAACCAUACCGCAAAUGUAUAACGAUACUAAUUGCUCAUGUGCAUUACAAUCGAAUUGCUCGACACUAAAUAGUUUUCCUUAUCGCACGUCGAAUCAAUCGUUGAAACUAACUCUUCCAGGAUUUCGUUCUGGUUGUUUGUUUCUCAAUGCUCUCUUACAGUCAGAUUUCACUUGUUUCUACAAUAAAACAUGUUUAUAUCUUAUGCAAACAGCUUCGUAUCACUUGAAAUCUGUUCCUUUUCAAAUAUUCAAUGUCUCAUCAUCAUCAUCAUCUCCAAAUCAGACGAUUGAAAACAUUCUUGGUCAACUUUUUAUUGAAGAAUGGAAAGAACAAGAAUCGUUUAAGCAAUAUUAUAACGCAUGUGCUCCUCAAUUCUGUCAAUAUUCUUAUUCAUCUAAAUUUAAUGGAGUUUAUUUCGUGACUACAAUAUUAGCAGCAUUUGGUGGCUUAACAAAAAUAUUACAUUUCGCAAAAAAUCGAGUGAUACCACAAUCAGAUACGAAUGUGAUUGAUGUAAAUGAUCAUACUCCUGAAAUAGCUAUUUCAAAUCUACCAGUGACAACAGUAGAAAUCAAUACAAAUCCAAUACAAGAACAAAUCGAACCAAGACCACAAAAGCGAAUAAAGCGAGCAAUUAUGAUAUGUGGAUGUUUGUUAGUUAUUGUUGGAAUAGUGAUCGUUUCAGUCAACUGGUUUAAAAGUGCAAGCACGCAACAUAUUUUAACAACUGAAUCAACAACUUUGAUGGCAAACAUGGUAACAAAAGAAUCAACAACAACAUCUACAGAAAGUUGUUACCUAACUUUGACAAUUCAUUCUGAAGCUUAUCCAGUUGGUUCCGAUGCAAAAUCACUUAUUCUUGGUGAUUUCAAUAAAGAUUCGUUUUUAGAUUUAGCUGUAGCAAAUUAUAAGAAUCAUACAAUUAGUGUUUUAUUGGGCAAUGGAAACGGAAAGUUUCGAGUACAAAAAAUCUAUUCCACAGGAGAUGAAUCUUAUCCAUUGGGAAUAACCAGUGGUGAUUUCAACAAUGAUACAUUUCUAGAUAUAGCGGUAGCAUUAUCGAAGCAAAACGAGAUCGCUAUUUUGUUCGGUAAUAGAUCAAACGGUUUAUUUGACAUUAAGCCGCACACAGUCGCUACAAGUGGCAAUGAUUUGGAUACACUCACUGCCAUCGAAGCUAUUGAUCUGAAUGAUGACGGAUUCACGGAUUUAGUGGUUGGCAAUCAGCGUCAUAUACCUCCCGGCUUCAAUAUUAAUUCUUGGUUUCCAUUACUAAAUCUUGGUGAUGGAAAUCGGUACAGACAUUAUUCUACUUAUUCACACUUUAUUUCCAACAUCGAGUCUAUUGUCAUUGGUGACUUCAAUAAUGAUGGGAAAGCAAAUGACAUUAGUUUAUGUAGUUCCAAUGGUGUCGUAUCGACUUUUUCUGCCAUACAGUAUGUUGGUACUAUAAUGGAAAAGUAUCAAUAUGUUGAAAACAGAAUUUAUGGAAAACCUCAAUCAAUGAUUCGAGGUCGAUUUAAUGACGAUGAAUUCGAUGAUUUGGCGCUUAUUUCGCCUCAAACUGAUACAUUACAUGUUCUACUAGCAUAUGGAGAUGGAACGUUUACUCAACAGAUCUAUCAUAGCCCGCACAAUCCAGUAUCUGUUGCUGCGAUUAAUUUCAAUAAUGAUCCAAUCGAUGAUUUAGCUGUCUUAAGUUGUAAUCAAACAAUAAGAAUGUAUCUAGGAACAAAAAAUGGUAUAUUUCAUGAAAACGACAUCUCAUUUUAUGUUGGCGAAAACAGUACGAAUGAAUGCUACCGAUCACUUCGAUCAGCUGAUCUAAAUAAAGAUGGUAGAGACGAUCUCGUUUUCAUUGAUGUCGAUUCACAAGCUAUUCGAGUUCUCUUAGGAACAAGCUGUAAGGAACAUAUUUAA